CAGUCAUCAUGGCGUUAGCAGCAGCUGCCAGGCGCUGUGCAUCUUCUGCACUUUUCAGUAAAUCAUUGUCAUUACCAGAGCUCAGACCCGCCUGCUCUUAUCAUAAAAAGGUUGUGGACCACUAUGAAAACCCCAGAAAUGUUGGUUCCUUGGACAAGAACGCAAAGAACGUGGGAACGGGUUUAGUAGGUGCACCCGCAUGUGGGGAUGUAAUGAAACUACAGAUUCAGGUGGAUGAGAAUGGAAAAAUAAUAGAUGCCAGAUUCAAAACCUUUGGCUGUGGCUCUGCCAUUGCUUCCAGCUCUCUGGCCACAGAGUGGGUGAAGGGGAAAUCGAUUGAUGAAGCCCUGAAAAUCAAAAACACAGAGAUUGCCAAAGAACUUUGUCUUCCACCAGUCAAACUGCAUUGUUCUAUGCUUGCAGAGGAUGCAAUCAAGGCUGCAUUAGCAGACUAUAGGCUCAAACAGAAGGAUGAGAAGGAGACAUUGGCUGAAGCUCGAAAUUAAUGGUCUUAUUUACAGACCGUCACCGUCAACCACUCUAUAUGUGACUGAUGAAAAGUUGUGUGGUUUAUUUCCUUACAGAGGUUGUAAUAAACAAAAUAGCCUGCAUCUAUUAUUACUACUAAACUCGUACUGCCUUACCAUUGCUGGUUUGAGGUGGUUUGCAUUGACAGACUGUGGAGAUCUUUGAAUUAAAGUUUUUUUCUCCUGGAAUCACGCACAUUAAAAUAAACUCUUUAAUUCACGAAGAUCUCAGACAUUACAUGUCAUCUAUUGUAAAUGCAUACUUCAACAAUGCUUGUACAUGUAUUCUAUUACAGUUUUUCAAAAAGGAAAAGUCGUUUUUCUGCAGGGAAAGUUAUAUCAUUAGGAGUGGUUUGUAAGCAAAAGCAAAAAUAUAUAUAUACUGGUUUUUCUGCUGUAUUUCUUUUCAAAACGAAAUAAAGCUCUGGGUGUUUAUGCUGUAUCAUCA